CCUCCACCCCCAAAAUUUCCCCUUCCUUCGUUGGCGCGAUUCCUUCCCGCUUGGCGAAAUGCUACAAUGGCGCACCUGCCUCCUCCUCCUCCUCGCACUUCUUGGUUUCAUGAGUUCCCACCCUCUCCUCAUCCUGUUCCCUCCUACGGACCUCCUCUUCCCCGAGGUUUUCCUGAUGCUCGUCCUCGCCGCAGCAGGCGACAUGCUGCUGGCGCUGCCUCGCCGAUAGGCGGCGGAAGCGGCGGCGCGCGCGACACACUCCAGCGCGCGCCUCCGCUACAGGCCCUGGACGCCCACCAGCGGGUCCAGGGCAACGGGCUCGAUGUUCUGCUGAUGAUGGCCACCGCCUCCUCCUGCGGCGGCAUCAACACGCGCCGCACCGACAAUCUCCUCCCGCUCCUGCUCCCCUGCGUGCGCGAGCAAACCUCCGCCCCCCGAGUCUCUUCGGCUUCCUCCCGCGCCUGCUCCGACAGCGCAGCCGCGGACGCGGAGGAGAACGAGCCCGAGGCGUCCGCGGGGAGGAGCGCGCAGGUGCUGCUCGCCGCGGCAGCAAGUGGCGGGCGCGGCGGCCCCUACGGCCGCCGCCCGUCGUCCUCCUGCGCCCCCUGGAACGCCGGCCCCCUCAUCGCGCACCGCCCGGCGACCCCGUCGCCCGUAUGCUGCCCCGUCGUCGCGUCACCGGAGGAACAAGAGCAAGGGAGCUUACCAACGAGACCCGCUGAUGCUGUCAAUGAAUGGAGGUUGCCUAAAGUAAGUGAAGAGGAAGAUGAGGCAGUGAAUCAGAAGGACUGUCAGGAUAAUACUAUGUCAUGUAGUGUGUCCUCAGCUCGUGAUUGGAACUUCGGGUCUGAUAGUGUCUAUGAGGGAAGCAAUCAUGAUGGUCGUGCUUUUGACCAUUCAGAGGUUGAGGAUUGUGCAGCUGCAGUGCAAAGGACGGAGAGACGGGUCCUGGGUCCUGUGAUUAAACAGAAGGAAAGUAUUGUCCUAGACAAGUUGCCUGCCUGGAAGGAUUCACAGAUUCUAAAGCUCAUAUACAAAGCACUUAUGAUAUUACUUCAAUCAACUAGGCUGAAUCAGAAAGAUCGAUGGCAGAAAAACAAGAUUGCACGGCCAGGGAUCAGGGAUGAGCUUACAGAAACUGAGGAACAAGAUCAAGGGAGGUUACCAACGAGAGAGGACUUGGUCAAGUGUUUCUCUAUGCCACGAAACAUCCGACUACAGACUCCCAGGCACCCUUCUCUGCUGGAUAUGAGAGUUGACAAAUCCAAUCGAGGGCCUCCAAAAUUCGUCCACAAGGCCACACCAGCUAGAUUGAUGCGCCGAGCUCGCUCCUCACAUAAUUACCAUGGGAAGUGCAUGGGAGCAAUUGAUGCUGUCAAUGAAUGGAGAUUGCCUAAAGUAAAUGAAGAGGAAGAUGAGGCAGUGGAUCAGAAGGACUGGCAGGAUGAUACCGUGUCAUGUCGUGCAUCCUCAGCUCGUGAUUGGAACUUCGAGUCUAAUAGUGCUAAUGAGGGAAGCAAUCAUGAUGAUGGUCAUGCUUUUGACCAUUCAGAUGUCGAGGAUUGUGCAGCUGCAGUGCAAAGGAUGGAAAGACGGCUUCCUGGGAUAAACUGGCAAAAACUGAGAACAAGUUGGAGAAGCAGAGAAGUGAAACCGUAGUGAAGAUGCAAAAGGCGAUAGAAGAUGCAGAGAGGAAAGAUGAUAUGAAGAGUCAAGAAGAGGCAGCCAGCAAGAGUAAGAUAGCUGGUUUCGAGAGAGCCCUUCAGGUGAUGUCUAGGGCAGGAAGGCAAGUCGUUUGUCAAAUACUCCCUCCGUAAACUAAUAUAAGAGCGCUUAGAUCACUAAAAUAGUGAUCUAAAUGCUCUUAUAUUAGUUUACAGAGGGAAUACUAAUGAAGGGACCGUAUACUGUAUAGAAUGGCGGUUGCCAUAUAGUACUAACCAAAGGAUGAUAGAAGUUUCAGGUCGUGGAACGCUUGGUCAGCAUUUUAACGCACACUGUGGUAGUUAUCCCCAUUGGAGAACUUGUAAUACUACUCCCCAUUGGAGAAUUUGUAAUACUACUCCCCAUUGGAGUAGCAAGUAACCUGAUGUUGUUGGUAUAGCUACCGAAAA